AUGAAAUUCAUUAUUCUUGCCCUUGCUAUGCUUCUUGCAAUCUCAUUUGUUGCAGCACAUAAUCCACAAUUCCCAGUUUCCAUUCAACACAAAUUGGUUGGAUCAUGGAAUGACGGUUCCAGAGGCGGCGAGGUAUUUGCUCAAUUUGACAUUACUGUCACCAACGAUGGCCAAAAGAAUAUCAAACAAAUUGUCAUUGGAACUGAUGCCACCUGUAGAUUGAGAGACUCCACCUCGAUCUGGAAUGUUCAAGUUAUUGAUGGUCCAUUUGUUGAUUUCCUCAUUCUCCCAAGUUACCAAGACAUCAAUGCUGGUGCCUCUUAUACCUUUGGUUACAUUAUCCAUGGAACUGCUCAAGCCAACUUGUUUGUCAAGAGUGUCAUCUAUGCUUAA